GUUGCUUAUGGGCGCCGGCAUGGGGGCGGUCCUGAGUCAGAAUGGAGAGGCAGGAGAGCGCGUAGUGGCAUUUGCAAGCCGCUGCUGCAACCCGACAGAGGCUAAUUACAGUUCCUAUGAAGGAGAAGGCCUGGUGGCAGUGUGGGCGGUGCACCACUUCCGGGCGUACCUGCAAGGGAGACCGUUCAAGCUGGUGACUGACCACAAGCCACUGACAUGGCUGAUGACCAAUCAGACCCUGUCCGGGCGGAAAGCGCGUUGGGCGAUGCGGCUUCAGGAGUGCAAGUUCACAAUACAGCACCGAUCAGGAAGCACCCUGCAGCAUGCGGAUGGAUUGUCAAGGAGUCCGCUCCCAGCUGAAGCAGUGGCUUGCCUGGUGGUGUUGGCACGAGAAGUGGAGAAGUGAAGGAAAUAUUGAGGGCAACCUGUGGUCC